AGAAGAAGAAGAAGAAUCAGAAGGAGGGGGAGGGAGGGCAGAGCAUCCUCCAUCUUCUGGGACUCCACCAGCCUCAGAACUAACGCCAGACUAAAGGACACACAUCGGCCAUCAUGGGAGCCGUCCUGGGACUGUGCUCCAUGGCGAGCUGGAUCCCGUGCCUGUGCGGCAGCGCCCCCUGCCUGCUGUGUCGAUGCUGCCCCAGCGGGAAUAACUCCACGGUGACUCGGCUCAUCUACGCCUUCUUCCUGCUGCUGGGAGUGGGCGUUGCCUGCAUUAUGUUGAUGCCCGGCAUGGAGGGCCAGCUUAAGAAGAUUCCAGGUUUCUGUGAAGGAGGGAUGGGUUCGUCUAUUCCUGGCGUGGAGGGUCAUGUGAACUGCGACGUGCUGGUCGGCUACAAGGCCGUGUACCGCGUUUGCUUCGGGAUGGCGAUGUUCUUCCUGCUCUUCUCUCUGCUCAUGAUCAAAGUCAAGAGCAGCCAGGACCCUCGGGCUGCGCUGCACAACGGGUUCUGGUUCUUUAAGUUUGCUGCAGCCGCUGCCAUCACUAUUGGAUCGUUUUUCAUCUCGGAAGGUCCCUUCACUACUGUGUGGUUCUAUGUGGGCAUGGCCGGAGCCUUCUGCUUCAUCCUCAUCCAGCUGGUUUUACUCAUCGACUUCGCCCAUUCCUGGAAUGAGUCUUGGGUGGAGAAGAUGGAGGAGGGCAACUCUCGCUGCUGGUAUGCAGCUCUGCUGUCAGUCACCACCGUCAACUACUUGUUGUCUCUGGUGUCUCUGGUCAUGUUCUACGUCUACUACACCCACUCGGAUGGCUGCACUGAGAACAAGGCCUUCAUCAGCAUCAACAUGCUCCUCUGCAUCGCUGCCUCCGUCAUGUCCAUCCUGCCUCAGAUCCAGGAGUCCCAGCCAAGGUCUGGCCUGCUGCAGUCCUCCCUGGUUACCCUCUACACCAUGUACCUGACCUGGUCUGCCAUGACCAAUGAGCCUGACAGGAAAUGUAACCCGAGCCUUCUGGGUAUUAUUGGGCUCAACAGCACCAGUCCUGCAGGUCAGGACCAUAUGGUUCAGUGGUGGGAUGCCCAGGGGAUUGUGGGAUUGAUCCUUUUCCUCAUGUGUGUUCUCUACUCCAGUAUUCGUAAUUCAUCCAACGCCCAGGUGAACAAGCUGACUCUGACCAGUGACGAGUCGGCUCUGAUCGAGGACGGGCCUCAGACCGACAGCUUCGAGGAGGGCAGCGGUCUCAACAGAGCUGUGGACAACGAGAGGGACGGCGUCACCUACUCCUACUCUUUCUUCCACUUCAUGUUGUUCCUGGCAUCACUCUACAUCAUGAUGACGCUCACCAACUGGUACAGCCCUGACUCCAACUACGAGGCCAUGACCAGCAAGUGGCCAUCGGUGUGGGUGAAGAUCUCCUCCAGCUGGAUCUGCAUCGCCCUCUACGUGUGGACACUGGUGGCUCCGCUGGUCCUGGUCAACAGAGACUUUGACUGAAACCCGCACCGUCCCACUGCUCGUACCCGCUUUCACGCUCUGCUUCGCCCGUUUUAUGUUUCAGCAAAGUCAGUAAAACAGUAGCUAGCUAACCGUGCGUCGCUUAGCGCCGGAGGGGGCGCGGCUGCACUCAGACUGGCCGGCGGGCUUCAGACCGUUGGGUUUGGUGGCCUCUGGCUCGUCUGCUGCAGCUUCCUCACCGCAGGGCUGACGACAGGAGAGCCGGCAAGGAUGUUUAACCUUGUCCCGUCCCAGCUCUGACUGCAGCCCAGUCUCAUCUGGUGUAAUGUCAUUGUGAAUCCCCAGCAGCCUGUUGUAGUGGCCCCCCAUGCUGUUGCCGUUGUAAAUAUAUCCCGUGUAAUCCUUGUGAAUGAUUUCGCUUUCUUUCUAUGAAGACAGAGCUGCAUGUUUUUCCUUGACGACGUGAUGUGACAUUAACAGUAGCUGUACAUGAAGCUUUUAGGAGGAUGCGGAUGGCGUUGCUUAGUGUGCCUCCCGUGGCCAGCGACAGUUGACCUCUGUAGUGUUAAUACAGGAAAUGCUGUUACAUGUGAAAUAAGGGAGAAACUGCUUUGACUGUGCUCUUGUCCGAUGGAUUUGAGUUGUGUAUGAGCAGGACUCCAACUGUGGCACCGAGAGAUGAAGACAGGAGAGUUCACUAACUAGUACCAUCACCAGGCCUGAGCAGUGCUGUUGUGUGUGUGUGUGUGUGUGUGUGUGUGUGUGUGUGUGUGGUAGUUUAGUUAUCUGCUGUCAUGUGUUAAAGCUCUCCCAGUUGUGUGUUGACUCUGCAGCUUGCACACUCCUCAGCACAUGCACAACAAAAGCAGUACUGCUUCUGUUGCUUCUGAUCUGCAUUGAAUUUUGACUUUAAAUGUAAAAUAGAAAUGUUUUGUUUGAAAACGUCUAGAUAAGUUAUUUGAUAGUGUUUAGCCUUAGCAUGUAGAUUGUCACAACUUAGCAGAGAUUGUGGCGAUACAUUCGUUUGAUUGUCUUCCGUGUGCUUUUAUCCUAAUAUGAAUUUUCUCUUUAUGUGAAUUAAUAUUGUAAGUAGUUUAAUAAAACUGAGGAAAAAAGCCACGUGUUGCGUGU